AUGUCGAAGACUUUUCGUCCCAGUCAUCUUUUGGCUGGCCUUGCUACGCUUUCUGCAACAGCCUUGUGCGCAAAUUCGACCCUGUUCCAAGGUGGAACUAUCAUCACCUUCGACGAGGCGUCUCAGCUUCCUGUAGCACUUCAUGGCUCUUCGCUACUAGUCACGGGAGACUCUGUUGCCAAGAUUUUCGACAGCUCCGACAAUGUGACCAUUCCUACUGGUACUGAGAUUGUGAACGUUCAAGGCAAGAUCGUCUCACCAGGCUUCAUUGACACACAUCGCCACAGUUGGCAGACCGCAUACAAGACUCUCGGAUCCAAUACUACUCUAGCAGAAUACUUCAGCCGCUACGGCGAGUUCACCCAGGCCGGAACCGUCUUCGGUCCUGAUGACAUUUAUUAUGGCACACUGGCUGGUCUAUAUGAACCAUUAGAUGCUGGAGUCACUACAAUUCUCGAGCAUGCCCAUGGAACCUUCUCCAAAGAGACAUCCAAGGCAUAUCUCGAUGCUGUUAUGGACAGUGGUGUGAGGAUGGCCUUCUGCUAUGCUUUUCAUGAGCUCAGCAAUGGCUUUUCGUUCGAGGAACAGCUUGCCAACUUUGCCUAUUUGAUGAAGAACGAGAGACUCAACUCCCAAGAUCUGGUGCAGAUUGGAAUUGCCUAUGAUGCAUUCAUCCAGGACAACAACAACACGCAGGCAAUCGUCGACCUGGUCAACAACAACAAUGUUUCUGCACUUACCAUGCACUUCUUGGGUGGUCCUUGGGGCAACACUAACAGCCCAUCCAAGCUCGAUCAGCUCGGUCUCAUGAAUGGCACCACACCCAUUGUUUUCUCUCAUGCCAGUUAUGUCACCACAGACGAUGCUGAGCUUCUUCGCAAGUACGACCAAUAUAUCUCAACCACUCCCGAGUCUGAGAUGCACUACGGUCACGGUCACCACCACAACUCCCUGAUUCAGGACCAGAGCGCUCUCGGCGUCGACACUCACUUCACCUUCUCGACUGACAUUAUCGGACAAGCUCGCAUGUGGCUGCAGAGCACACGUCUCCGCUUCUUCUACCAGUCACUCGAGAAUUGGAAUGUGCCUCGCAACAGCCCCAUGUCUGUCAACCAGGCUUUCACACUGGCUACACGCUCCGGAGCUCUUGCCAUGCGCCGACCUGAUCUUGGUGUGCUAGCCACGGGCAACAAGGCUGAUGUAGUCGUCUUCGACGGCGACUCACCCAACAUGCUCGGCUGGUCUGACCCAGUAGCUGCUAUCAUCCUUCACUCGCACGUCGGAGACAUCCGUCAUGUUAUGAUUGGCGGGGAAUGGCGCAAGAGAGAUGGCAAGCUUGUUACCAAGCAGAACAGAACAGAGGUGCAGAACAAAUUCCUCGAGUCUGCAAAGCGUAUCCAGAAAAUUUGGUUGAAGACUCCAUUGCCUGAUUUGCAGGGCGAGUUCAGUGGAUUGUCGCAUGUUGAUUACGUCGAUGCUUAUACUGUUGAUGCUGUCCGUGGUAAUGGUACGGGUUACUAG